AUGCAGGGACAUAGCACGGAAAGCAUUUUGCUACCGUACUUGCAACCUAUUAAAAGAUUCAAAGCCAUGCCUACCUCGCAAUCUCCCUUUGACGCCGCAUUCGAUACUCUAGUCGAAAAUGCACUGGAAGAAUGGAAAAUUCCUGGAAUAUCUGUUGCAGUCGUGCACAAUGAAGAGACAUUCUCAAAGGCGUACGGCAUCGCCGAGUUCCCCGAUAGGAAGAUGACCACAGACACGCUAUUCCCAGCUGCUAGCACCACCAAAGCAUUCACUGCAGCGGCCACAUCGCUAGUCAUUCAAGAUAGUAAAGACACUUCGUCACCAAUUGACUGGGAAACUUCUAUUUCAUCCAUCAUUCCAGAGGAUUUUGUUCUAUCGGAUGACCAUGCCACCAAGCACACUACCCUCGAAGACGCCCUCUCGCAUCGAUCUGGUCUGGCGAGCCAUCAUUAUGCAGUCAUUUACGGCGACAAAGAUGCAACAGUGCAAGAUACUGUUCGCUCACUCAGACGUGUGCCCAUAUCGGCCCCUCCUCGGACUAAAUUCCAGUACACUAAUCAGAUGUUCAUUGUGAUGACGCAUUUGCUACAGAAGCAUACCGGUGAACCACUCUGUUCUUUUUUGAAGAAGCGUAUCUGGGAUCCUCUUGGUAUGAACGAGACUUAUUUCUCUACCGAAGAGGCCAAGAAAGAUCCCUCGAGCGCAACAAAGAUCGUCAAGGGAUAUACGUGGAUCCCCGAACAAGGCGGCGGUCAUUGGUUCGAAGAGCCAGAGGCAAAUUGGAGACCGAAUACCGGUGGCGGAUCUAUAGUUAGCAAUGUUCUGGAUUACUCACGCUGGGUGCGAGAAUUGAUUCAUCGCACUGGGCCGCUAAAGGGCCACGAAUCUCUCACCUUACCACGGAUAUUCCAUUACGAAGCCGGCGAUAUCAAUCUUCCCUCGCCGUACCAUGCGUAUGCAUUGGGUUGGUUUGUCGACAACUACCGCGGUCAGCAUCUUUAUUCGCAUUCAGGUGGCUGGCCUGGAUAUUCCUCGUUUGUGGGAUUCCUGCCAGAGAAAAAGUUUGGCUUUGCACUAAUGGGCAACUCCAAUUCUGCCCGAUUUCUCCUUUUUAGGCUGGCUAUACUUCUAAUGGAUAGGCUACUGGGGCCUAUUGAUGAUCCAGUGCUCGAAGAGAAGAUGGCAGAGUAUUUUGCGCAGCAUGAGAAAUUCAAGGAGAGAACUCUCAAGUAUCAUCCUGAAUAUAUGGACGCUAUCAAGCGGAAGCUGUUCCCCUCUCUGGCCGACCCUCCCGUUCCUCAUACCCUCCAGCUUGAGAAGUAUGUGGGGACGUACAGGCAUCCCGCUGGUGACUGGGUCCCUGUCGUUCUAGACGAGGACGGAAAUUUGGGUAUUGAUGCAUCACAGGGAGCAAUCCCCGGCUAUUUGAGUCUUACACAUGCUAGUGGUGAAUUCUUCGUGGCAAAGAUGAAGUCAAGCAAUCUUGCUGCGAUGGAGCCAGUGGCUGCAGAGUUCUACAUUGAUGUCUCGGGGAUCGUCACGAAGAUUGGUUUGAGCCUGGAACCCGCCUUGAAAGGGGAGAAGAUCUGGUUUGAGCGAAGUGAAUCUUGA